CAGAAAAAUGGAAAACAGAGGAGGCACGCGUUUCAGCUACCUUGUUACAAAGUAUUCAAAGAAUAUUUGAUAGUUUUGGGACAAUAUCCGUAUCAAACAGAACUGAGCCAUAAUAUUAAUAUGACUGUGUUUGUUUCCUGUGCGAUAAGCGUUCUUAUUCCGUUAUUGUUGCAAUUCGCCAAAUCAAUACGAGAGAAAAAUUUAGAUGGAGUUAUGGAAUGCAUUCCAAUUAUGGCCACAUUAUUCGUCUCGGUGAUCAAACUAUUAAAUCACAACAUCAAGCGAAAAGAAUUUGAAAAUUUCUUUGAUCGUAUGAGCGAACAAUGGGAAAUUUCUGAGCUGAAUGGGGAGAUCCACGUACUGAACGAAAUUAUCGAGCAAGGAAGUAAAAUGGGUACUUUAUACAGAAUCAGUUUAUGGGUAUUUAUGAUAAUAUUCCUAUCGACACCGUUGGCCGCUCCGGCGUUGGAUUUAAUAUCACGCUCAAACGAAAGCCGAACAAAAAUGCAGUUGUUUAAACUAAAUUACAUUGUCGAUACGGAGGAUUACUUUUACAUUGUUUAUAUACAUUUGACGUGUUGUUCGCUUGCCACCGUCCUGGUAAUUAUCGCUAUGGAUUCGUUGUACAUGGUCAUCUUUCAUUAUAUCUGCGGUGUGUUCGUCUUGUGCGGGUAUCAAAUUAAGAAAGCAACAGAGAUCUCUAAAUCGGAUAUAGAAGGAGGAACCUUCGAAAACAGUAAUAAAAAGGAUUUGUUCAGACGUUGCGUGAUGACACACUACGAAGCCAUCAAAUUUUACGAUUACAUGAACGAUAGCACUCGUACCAGCUAUCUGUUUCAAGUUGGCUUGAACAUGCUAGGUAUCACUUCAACGGCUGUUCAAGCAGUUAUGAACUUUGACAGACCCGAAGAAGCAUUCAGAAUAAUUAUGUUUCUGUUGGGUCAACAAUUUCAUUUGUACACCCUCAGUUUACCUGGGCAAGUACUUAUGGAUCGAAGUUUUGAAUUAUCAAAUGAUAUAUACUGUUCGAAAUGGCACGAAAUACCAGUGAAAUUUCAAAAAGUACUUCAUAUAAUGCUAACCAGAUCCAGCAAACCGUGCAGACUAUCAGCCGGAGGAUUAUACGAAAUGAACAUCGAAAAUUUCGGAACAAUCUUUAAAACUUGCAUGUCAUACUUUACAAUUCUACUCUCGCUGAGGGAAUGAUACGUCGAGAAUAUUUUCAGCAAACAAGAGAAUAUCGUACGAGAUGACAAGGAAAUGGAAUUUAGAAUUUUAAGAGCAGAUGGUACUCUAUCUUUUAUUAAGACUUUUGCACGUUCAUUCAUUCAUUAUCUGUCCUUAAAAUUCUGAACCACGUUUGUUUCAACAGUCUGUGUGCGAGAGGGUAAGCAUAUAUAAAAAAAAGGAUGAUACUGAUCAUAUUAACUUGUUAUAUAAUGUAAAAAUAAAAUAAGCACACUGCAAAAACAACAUGAUUCCAUGUAUACAUAACUCACAGUUUGAAUAAAAUUU